AUGGCCUGCAACCAAACAGCGGUCAUCAAGCCCCUCACUAAAAGUUACCAAGGCUCCGGCAAAAGCCUGACCUUUUCAGAUACCAGCACCAAGACCCUUUACAACGUGGAGGAGGAAGAGGACGCGCAGGCGGGCCACUUUAGCUCUCCCAGCAGCCCCUCCAUGGUGGUGCACCGACGCCUGCCCACCGCGGUGACCACUCCCCCCCUGCCCCCCCACCUGACGGCAGAGGAGACCCCCCUCUUCCUGUCGGACCCGGUCAUCGCCAAGGGCUUGCCCCCUCCGCUCCAGCAGCCACCGCCACAGCAGAAAUCCCUGACGGACCAGCUGCAGGACGUGGUCCACAACUUCAGCACCGGGAUCCCCGACUUCAACGCCGUGUUCGCCGUCCCCGGGGGCCUGGGCAAUGGAGGCCGGUCCCUGUACCCGCCCCCGCCCCCGCCGCAGCACCUGCAGAUGCCGCUGCUGCAGCUGAGCACCUUCGCGGACGAGCCCGUGUCCCCUCCCGCGGAGGACGACGACGACAGCGAGUUCAAGCUCCUGCAGCAGUACGUGUACGAGCGGGAGGGGAACACGGAGGAAGACGAGCUGGAAGAGGACGACGAGGACCUGCCCGGGGCCCGCAAACUGACCCCGGAGGACUCGCCUGCCCUGACGCCCCCCUCGCCUUUCCGAGACUCGGUGGCCUCGGGCAGCUCGGCGCCCAGCUCCCCCGUGUCCGAGUCGGUGCUCUGCACCCCUCCCAACAUGACCUACGCCUCUGUCAUUCUGAGGGACUAUAAGCAAAGCUCUUCCACUCUGUAG